UCCUUUAUCCGUAUAUUUUAAGUUAAAAAUUGUUUUCAUUACUUAAAGUUUUAAAGUUCUAUAAAUUCUUGGUUUCCGGUUCACAGAAACAAACUUAUAAGUUUUCUAAGGUUUUGAUAAGAAAGGUUUGAUGAGGGUUUAGUGUAACUUGAUAAGAUACUGAUUUAAUAUCUAUUAUUUAAACUGAGAACCAAGUUUAAGGUUAAACAUGGACGGGUUGGAUAUUUUCUCUAGUUUACAUAUUCUACACACAAAUCUUCUUGGAUUACAGGUUCGGAUGAACUAUAUUGAGGAUAAUGGGAAACUCAGUUUACUAAACAAACUCAGUAAGAAAUGUGGAGAGAAAGAGAUUACAGAAAUGCUUAAAGCUCACAACCCUGCCAGGUUAAAAACUGAACUGUUCCAGGAAAUAGAAACGUUAUUAGAAUCCAAGGAUCUUGUAUCCGUCGGGUUGGAUUUACUCCGGAGAAUGGAAAGAUCAGGGAUGGAGCUGGAUCUAUCCUUCUCUCCAACCUUAUCCUUCCUCACACUAAACCUUGUGACGGAUCUGAUGGUUCUUCUAAGUUUAAUCAGGAAUGUGAAAAAUAUAAAACUUCUUCCUAAAAUUUACUCUAGUCUGGAUCCUGUAAGAGAAGAUGAAAUGAAGGUCCUGGAGAACUUUCUGGAGAAAUAUAGUCGUUCAGUUCCUGCUCUGACAACAGAACUUUCUCCAUGUAGAAGGAUGUUAGUUCCAUGUGUUCUCUCUGCUGGGAAGGUUUUAUCUAAACUAGAGAAUCGUGCCAAGUUGCUGGUUGAAAACCUACUCCAAUCCUCCUUCAUUCUAAUUAACCCGGAUGAACUAGACGGAAACACUACAAUAUCUGAUACAUUCAACGAGCAAACCCUCUCCAGGGUUGUCUUCUUCUCAUUUAUCCUUCUAGAUUUGCCCUGGAAAGUAUCUGGUAUAGAUGAUUCAGGGUUCCAGGUUCUUGAGAAGAUUCUAUCUGAGAACCUUGCCACCACAUUGUUCAGGAACAGUUUUUCCUCAUUACAUGGAACACUCCUGGAGCUAACUAGGAAUAAACCGGAUAGGGAGAAGAACAAGAAAAUAUCCGUCCUUCAAGGUUGGGAAGAGAAAACAAAUUCAAGUAUGAGAAAGGAGCAUAAGGAGAAAAGAAUGAAACUUGUGAUUGUACUGGAGGAGUAUUUGUAUAUUCUAGAGGAUGCUCCUGUUCUAAUUGGUCCCAAAUUCUUGAUGAUCAUGACGUUUCUAUCACAGGCUAACAGUGAACUGAGGUGGUGGGCACUGCAUUCAAGCUUUCUCCGUCUUAGAGGAGAAAUAUUUGAAAAUGACGCAGAUAUAGUUUCUCUAAUCUACUACAUAUUUAGAUACAAAAUCUUGUUAAAACGCAACAGGGAUGAUCUUCUUCAAUAUUCUCUCAAAUCUCUCAGAUCUAUUGAUGUUAGUGAACUAAGAGAACAACUUGGAAAUAUUGACUUCAAAGAAGAGUUCCAGGAUGUUAUUCUUGAAGCUCUGGAUUCUCUUGAGACAAUCAAGGAUGGAGGAAAUAUCCCUGAUAACUUUGUUCUUCUCUUCUCCAGGCUUCUAACUGUUCUCACGGUCAAACUAGAACAGAGUUCAUGUGUCAGCCGAAAAUCUCCACAGCUCUAUGCUCUUCUAGAGAUUAUAUGCCUACAUGGUCGGAUACUCUUGGAGGAACUGGAGAGUUCAUUUCAGGGUUUAGAUCUAUCAUUUCUCUAUUCUGUCAGGGAAUCAGUUGAAGAACUCUUUCUCCAGUGUAAAUCAGUGAUCCAUCCCAACCUAACUCAACUAAUAGCCUUUCCAGCGCUCUGCCAGGAUCUUCCCAAGAUUCUAUCAACUAAAUGUUCUGAGGAGUAUGAAGUAGUGGUCACCGAAUGUAAUAGUCUUGCAACUCAGUUUCUUCAGGCCAUUGUAGGAAACCUGAUUAAAGAUCUGGAUAAAUAUGUCAGAGCUGAACUCCAAGCUCAAGAUGAACUUCAACCCUGGAGAGCAGCAACCAAGGUUCAUCAGAAGAUCUCCGGAAAGAGAAGGAAGGGGAAGAAGGUGGAAGGAGAAGAGGAAGAGGAGGAUGUAGAGAAGGAAAUAAUCCGUAAAAUAUCUGCUGCUGAGAAACAGGAUAAAUCAUCGAAUAAAAAGGAAAAAACUUUCUCUAGGUCUGAAACGCAAGGUAUACUUCGGCAGAAUAUCGUAGAGCUUGAAGAAUGCUGUCUCCAGGUGGAAUGUAUCCAUGUAGGUCAACACAUGUAUUCACCUCCAGCCUUCCUUGCAAACAGAAUCAAACUCUACAUCAACAACUUUAUUGUUGAAAGUAUCCAAUAUCCUGUUCUUCCAUCUCAAGCAUUCAACAAAAUAUCAGGUAUGCUGAGAAGUGUUGGAAAUUGUACGGUAGGACUAGAGAUUUGUUCCUUGUACCGAGAUGUAAUGAUGGAUCUUCAGGAUACUAAACCUACAACUCUGGAUCUUUAUGUAACCAAGUAUUUAGAGGAGGUAACGAAAACCAUCCUGGCCCCAAACUGUCACUUUAACAGCCUUCUCAAUUGCUUCUGUAUCCUUAACAAUAAAAUGGAGAUACAGUAUACUAGAAUACAAGAGUUAACUAGCUCCAGUGAUCUGACCGGCCUGGUUGAGUUGACAGGAUUAAACGGGAUUAAGAGUAUUUACUCCUUUUUACAGUCCAGGAUUAGUGAUGGUUUAGAGAAGGUUUUCAGUCACAUUGAGUCUGGAGAAGAUACUGAUCCUAAACCUGACUUCAUCGAACCAGCAAUACAGGUUGGGAAGAUGAUUAAACUUCUGGAACUAGUUGAAGAAAACUGUCUCGAUGUAUCCAGAUCACGUUGUAAGUUUAUGGUGGAGCUCUGGGAGUAUAUUUUAAACUCCUGUCCUUCUCACCUUCCUGUUCCUAUAGAGCUCCUCCAGAUAGGAGCAGUCCUUGGAUGCACACAGACAAACAUGAUACUGGUUCGGGAGAAAUGGAACGACUCUAGAUCAGACCUUAAGAAGGAUCGGAGUAAUCUAGUCUCAGCUUUCACUAGGGUUAUACCAAUACUCUCCAGGCUACAGACAUCAAGAUUCUUCCUUGUUUCUCCGUCUCAGAAGGAUGGUCUCAUCACUCAUCAAAAUAGUUUGGAAUUUUUAGUAACUGCUCUGUCUCUGGUUGUAUCUCGGCUUGAACCUGAGGAUACUGCGAGAAUACAAAAUGUCGUCUUUGCUCCGAUGGAACAUCUCCAACCUUCGGCUCUCUCUCUUAUCAUUCUCAUUCAUUCGUUCUUCACACAACAAGGUGUGUUCGAAAAUGGAGUCCCUUACAACCUAACCAGAGUAUCCAAUAGUCUGACUGGGUUAAAUGUUAAUCCUGCUCCGGAUAUACCUAAUAUCAACCAGGAGAUCAGAUCAAAAAGAAUUUCAAAGUUUCUUAAAGAUUAUCAUAAAAUCAUAGAUUAAUCAUUAUUGCCUGUUUGUCUUUGCUUACUCUUAGAAGUAUUUGUUCUCAUCUUUUUCUAAAAAGUAGGUUUUGAUUUGUUGAAAAAUGAAGGAUGUAAAUGUAAUCCAAAAAACUAUUUUAAUAUAUCUAUUAUGAUUUUGA